CGUGAUUAGAAGCUGACGUGAGCCCAAGUCAUUAUAUAUCCAGGUUUCUUGCUCCUCUGGGUACGAGCUCUUUACUGCCUUGAAUACUUGUGGCCAAGGAGAAGAGAAGGCCCAGGAAUCUGUGCACACAGAUACCAUCAGAAAGGAAAACAAGUGAGAAACUAUCCUGCUUUUGUACAGGAAACAACAAAAUCAUGCAAAAGUCCUGCAAUGAAAAAGAAGGAAAGCCCAAGUGCAGUGAGCCAAAGAGGGAGGAUGAACAGCCCUAUGGAGCAUUGGAAGGCCAGCGACUGGAAGGGAAUUUCAGACAGAGGCUGCUUCAGUCUCUUGAAGAAUUUAAAGAAGACAUUGACUAUAGGCAUUUUAAAGGUGAACAAAUGACAGGAGAGGAAGAAGAAAUGGAAAGGUGUUUGGAAGAAAUAAGAAGUCUGAGAAAAAAAUUUAGGGCUCUGCAUUCUAACAGUACCCAUUCUCGGGAUCGUCCCUUUUAAUGCGAUGGCCUCAGAAAUUAUUUUCUGUUAUUAAUAUUUCCACUGUUUUCUGUUUUCACUUGUUUUUAUAAAUAUUUGCUACCAUUUCACUUUGAUACUUCAGUUUUGGUUACAGCCAUGUAUAAACCUCAUGCUAUCCACCUUUUAAUUUCACCCCAGCAAUUUAAUAAGAAGUUUUAUUCAUUUAUGUGAAAGGUCAGUCAUCUGGUAGUUUAUUGUAAACCCCAAACUGCAAGCUAAAAAGCAUUAUGUGUAUGCCUUAUAUCUGAUACCAUGCCAAAGAGGUUAAUCUAUGUGAUCUGGAUUCCCUUUCUUAUUUUCUACAAAAUGAAUAUAUCCACAUCUGUAUUUGUAUUAUUGAUUUUGUAUCACACAAAGGAAAACAAUUAGACAUAAAUGAAAGAGGUUUAUCAAUCGCUUCUGGAAAGCAGUGAAAGAGCAAACUUUUAAUAACAGAAGUAUAAGAAAGGCCUAUCAACUGCAAACUGCCUUUGGAUUUCUUAGCCAGAGGAAUAAACUCACCAUUACAAAAUA